AUGGAUUUUAACUCAUUGCUGCAACAAGCACAGCGCUUAACCAAUGAGACACAGAACUCUGAGGAGUUGCCGCGUGUUGAGCGUACGAUUUCGCAAGUUUUGCAAGCGACUCAGGAAUUGCACUCACGUGUAACUCAAACAGGCGCACAGGACAUACAAGCGCAUAUUUUACUCGGCUCUAAGGGCAUAGAUCUACCGAAAAUUUCACAAAAAUUGGAAGCAUUAAAUGCUCGGAAAACCUUUGAACCGCUAGAUCCUAUUGCAGACACCGACGUUCGUAGUUUUUUAAAAAACGAAAAGGAAAAUGCUAUUUUAUCUAUGAUUGAGGAAGUUAAUAGAAGUACUUUUGAGGCUGCAGAAAAACGAAGGUGGGAGUGUGUACGUAACGAAUGGCAGCAAGAGAAAGUAAAGUUGCUUAACUCAUUGAUUGGACCCUCGCAGAAUUGGAUUGAUAUACAAAAACUGCCAGAGCAAACAGUGCUGAACGAGACCUUUGGCUCUCGUUCAUGCCUCAAUCGAAUUGAAAUGGCAUAUGCACGUGAAGUCUAUGAAUAUAAUACAGCCAUCAUCAAAGGUGCAUUUCGACCUAAUCUCAUACAGAAAUUUGCCAAGGUUGCGGAAAGUUUUGAAGAUCAAAAAGUUACUGAAAUAUGGGAAAUUAUGAAGUACAUGGUCAAUAUAGCACCUGUUUCGAGAAAUCGUGACCCCAUUCAAAACCGCACACAAAUAACACAAUUCAUUGAUCAAGCAAAAAAAUAUUUGGAGAAUAGAUACAAAUUAUACAUGUCAACAAUCAUCAGUAGUAAUUUACGUGAAGCGCAACGUGGUGGUGUGCCCAGCACUUUUAAUUUGGUGUCGUCUUUUGUGGGCCUGACAUUCAACCAAUCGAACUGUUUUGGUUUACAAGAUGCAAGCAUUGAUAAUAAACCACUCUGGCCAAUGGUGUAUUACUGUCUGCGCUGCGGCGAUGUGCAAUCUGCGUUACGGUGCAUGCAAAUGGGCGGUGCCGGCCAUGAGGAUUUCAUACAAGUGCUUGAAGACAAAAUUAACAAGCCAGAACAGAAAAUAAAUUCCAAAUUGGAAGGACAGCUCAAAUUACAUUAUUGUAAUAAAAUUAAGAAUUCCACUGACCCAUACAAAAAGGCGGUUUACUGCAUAAUAGCUGGCUGCGACAUAAAUGAACAACACUUGGAAGUUGCGAAAACCACCGAUGACUUCUUAUGGAUUCAACUGUCCUUACUACGCCCCGAAUCCCAUGACAAUGCUGAAGUGCUUACUUACGCCGGCCUGCAAACAAUGAUACUCGAAAAAUAUGGUGAGAAGCAUUUCAAUGCCAGUGAACAGCGCCAUCUUUACUUCCAAGUGCUUGCUUUAACCGGACAAUUUGAGGCAGCCAUUGAAUUUUUAGCGCGUACCGAGCAAUAUCGCACUCAUGCUGUGCACAUUGCGCUUGCUCUGAACGAAAUGUUCCUCAUCGGUGGACCGCGCAAUGUCCAAGAGCCAUUGCUGUCUGUCGACAUUGAAGAUCCAAUGCCAAUGCGUCGCUUGAAUAUCGGCCGUUUGGUUAUGUUGUAUGUGAAAAAAUUUGAGGUUACCGACCCCGCCGAAGCGUUGCAGUACUACUUUUUCCUGCGUAAUCUUAAAGAUCCAGAAGGACGCAAUUUAUUUUUGGUUUGUGUCAGUGAUUUGGCCAUUGAGUGUCGCAAUUAUGACUUGAUAUUUGGUAAAAUGCAACCAAAUGGCAUUAUGUCGGGCGGUCUGUUUGAGCAAUUCGACUGUGUUGAAUUUGAUACACGCACAGCAGCUGGCAUGGCUGCAGAGGAGUUGGUGAACAAGGGCAUGUUCGAGGAUGCCAUCAAAUUGUUUGAUAUUGCUAGCAUGCAAAAUCAAUCUUUGCGCUACCUGGCCAUACUGUUGUCCCAAGUCGUACAUCAAAGUUCCAAAAAGGAUUCGUUGCGUGAACGUCUGACAAUUAUGGCGGCUGAUUUCAGGGAAAGAAUGCGCGGCAAUCGCAUUGAAUGCGAUCCACAAGUUAUUUCCACCUUUAAUUUGCUAUGUGAACUUGUGUCAUUCUUCGAUUACUACCACGAGCAAAAAUACCAAUUGGCUUUAGAGGUACUAGCCAACACCAAACUCGUGCCAUUGUCUAUGAGUGAAUUGGAGGAAUGCAUAAAUAAUUUCAAGCGUUUGGGUGGUGAGAUUUGUAAAGUGUAUCCUGAUAUAUUAUUGGCCGCAAUGGAUAUUUUAUAUGCUCAGUAUAAAAGUGUGAAAGGACGUGAUACUGGCAUUGUUGAUACAGGACGUGAUCGCCAACUACAACAUUUACGCGAAAAGGCGAAGGCUAUCACAAAUAUGGCUGCCACAGUACCAUAUCGCAUGCCAGGCGACACAAACAAACGUCUUGUGCAAACGGAAAUAUUAAUGCACUGAAUUUACAAAGUACGCUUGCUUUUAGGUCUUUAAGGAUUAAGAAUAAAAAAGAAAACAUUUUACACUCAAUAAAAGUUAAAAA